AUGACUUUCCAGUGGACGGCAGUUGCCAUCUUUCUGUACGGUGAAAUAGGAGUGAUUCUGGUGCUCUGCCUGCCGUUCAUCUCGCCGCUGAGAUGGCAGAAAAUUUUUAUGAUUCCUCUAUGGAGCAAAGUGGCAGUGUUUUGGAACAAGAUGUUCCUCACAAUAAUAGUUUUACUGAUCGUCUUGUUUCUUGAUGCUGUUAGAGAAGUCAGGAAGUAUUCAGCUGUCCACAUGACUGAAAAGGCCAUAAAUGUAAAUACCAAUGCAUUUGAUCAUAUUCAGAUUUUAUCCCAAAGAAAUCUCUAUCUCUCAGGUUUUUCGUUAUUUCUUUGGCUUGUAUUGAGACGUACUGUUACCCUUCUUACUCAGUUGGCAAAAGGGAUGACAUCUCAUGCAGCUCUGGAAGCACAAGUAAACGAUGCUACUGAAGCAGCCAAAAAAUACAUGGCCGAGAAUGAAAGGCUGCAGGAGGCCUUGAAUGAUAAAGGAAGCAGUAAAAAGGAUGAGUCAGGGGAAGCAACUGAUAAGUUGAAGAAGGAAGUUGAACGUUUGAAAGCGGAGCUACAGAAAACAUCAGAUGCUCUCCACAAGGCAAACAAUGAGGUCACUGCAGUUAAAAAGCAGUCUGAAGGCCUUAAAAGAGAGUAUGAUCAUCUGGUGAAAGAAUAUGAACGUCUUCAGGACAGUUUAAAUGAAGUAGAAGACAAGAAGGACCUGUAG